AGCUUCCCCAGUCAACUUUCUGUCCUGUGCUGUGUUCGGCUGGUUUUGGUCUGGCAGGCUGAGGAAGUUACGGGGUGUGAUACUGAGAGCUUGGCCGGUAUCAACGUAUCUGCAAAGGGGAACAAAAAGGACUGCUGACGCUCUCUGACCCGCUGCUCCAGGGAGAUGGUGACCAAGAUUUCGAAAGAGGAAAUGGAGGAGCUGCAGGAGGCCUUUGGGAAAGUGGACCUGGACAGCAACGGCUUCAUCUGCGACCAUGAACUGCACGAGCUGUUUAAAGAGGCCAACCUGUCCCUGCCGGGAUAUAAGGUCAGGGAAAUCAUUCAAAAGCUGAUGCAGGAGGGAGACCGCAACAAAGACAACAAGAUUAGCUUCGAUGAAUUUGUCGCGAUCUUCCAGGAGCUGAAGAGCAGUGACAUUGCCAAGACCUUCAGGAAGGCCAUCAACAAGAAGGAGGGCAUCCUGGCCAUCGGUGGCACCUCGGAGCUGUCCAGCGAGGGCACGCAGCACUCCUUCUCAGAGGAGGAGCGGUUCGCGUUUGUGAACUGGAUCAACACGGCCCUGGAGAAUGAUCCAGACUGUAAGCAUGUGCUGCCGAUGGACCCAAACUCAGACUCGCUGUUCACGUCUCUGGGCGACGGCAUCGUUCUCUGUAAAAUGAUCAACCUGUCCGUGCCCGACACGAUUGAUGAGAGAACAAUAAACAAGAAGAAGCUGACACCAUUCACAACACAGGAGAAUCUGAACCUGGCCCUGAACUCGGCCUCGGCCAUCGGCUGCCACGUGGUGAACAUUGGGGCCCAGGACCUGCGGGAUGGGAAACCCCACCUGGUGCUCGGCCUGCUGUGGCAGAUCAUCAAGAUCGGCCUGUUCGCCGACAUCGAGCUGAGCAGGAACGAGGCUUUGGCGGCCCUCUUGAGAGAGGGCGAGACCCUGGAGGACCUGAUGAAGCUCUCCCCCGAAGAGCUUUUGCUACGCUGGGUCAACUACCACCUGGAGAAAGCAGGCUGGAACAAGAUCAACAACUUCAGCUCUGACAUUAAGGACUCCAAGGCCUAUUUCCACCUGCUGAACCAGAUCGCCCCCAAUGGGAGCAAAGAGGACGAGCCCCGAAUUGACAUUAACAUGGCCGGCUUCAGUGAGAAGGACGACCUGAAGAGGGCGGAGAGCAUGCUGCAGCAGGCGGACAGGCUGGGCUGCCGGCAGUUCGUCACCCCCACCGACGUCGUCAGCGGCAACCCCAAACUUAACCUGGCCUUCGUGGCAAACCUCUUCAACAAGUACCCUGCCCUAACCAAGCCAGAAAACGAGGACAUUGACUGGGGCCUGCUGGAAGGUGAGACUCGCGAGGAGAGAACCUUCCGGAACUGGAUGAACUCCCUGGGAGUGAACCCCAACGUCAACCACCUCUAUAUUGACCUGCAGGAUGCGCUGGUCAUCUUGCAGCUGUACGAGAAGAUCAGGGUCCCGGUCGAUUGGAACAACAAGGUCAACAAGCCCCCCUAUUCCAAAAUUGGGUCCAACAUGAGGAAGCUGGAGAACUGCAACUACGCCGUGGAUCUGGGAAAGAAUGAGGCCAAAUUCUCGCUCGUGGGCAUCGGUGGACAGGACCUGAACGACGGCAACUCCACCCUCACCCUGGCCCUGGUGUGGCAGCUGAUGAGGAGAUACACACUGAAUGUUCUGGAAGAUCUGGGAGAUGGACAGAAAGUUAAUGAUGACAUUAUUGUCAAGUGGGUCAAUAAGACCCUGUCAGAGGCUGGCAAGAAUUCAAAGAUAACGAGCUUCAAGGACAAAGAGAUCAGCUCCAGCUUGCCCGUGUUGGACCUGAUCGAUGCCAUCCAGCCAGGCAGCGUCAGCUACGACCUGGUAAAGACGGGCAGCCUCUCCGAGGAUGACAAGCUGGAGAACGCCAAAUACGCUGUGUCCAUGGCCAGAAAGAUUGGCGCCCGUGUCUACGCCCUUCCGGAUGACCUGGUUGAGGUCAAACCGAAGAUGGUGAUGACGGUGUUCGCGUGCCUGAUGGGCAGGGGCAUGAAGAGGGUGUAACCCGACGCACACUCCCCUGCCGCCGCUUAGCCAAAAUGUCUCGCCCACAAGCCGUUUGCUGGAAAAAAGGCUUCUGGUCAAAGGAAUGAAUGCUGACAUGUUCUGAAAGACUUUAAAGACCCUGUGCAGUCAAAAAUCGGAUUUCCUGUUUUCCACUUUAUUUACCCUGCUGUGGUAAAGAGAAACGGAACCUUCUAUUUCACUUUUUUAAGAGAAUAACUUUAAUAUAAAAGGUAGCUUUGAAUUUCUACACCUCAAGUUCCUGUUUGAACUGUAUGCAAAUGGAAGCAUGACGGAAGUCAUCCUGUCCUCCUUGGUCCUACUUUAAAGGAUGCUAAUUUCAAACCCCUUUUCUUCUACAAGAGAACCAAUCAGAAUGUUUGAUCCUCCCACAUAUAUAUCACCCACGUGGCUGAUAUUACUAAGGAAUAGCAUGAGUAUGGCCACUCCCUUUUUUUCCUUUUUGGCAAUACAGAAAUUACGGCUGUGUAUUUGUGUCAUGAGUCGUGAGAAAGGGUAAUGAAACAUUUAUUCAUUUAAGAAUUCUCAGUGUAAACAGAACAGAAAAAGACAGCGGCAGUUGUUACAGCUUAUGUUACAUUAUUCCAAAGACUUUUUUCAUUUCUGCACAAAAGCUUUAUGUGAAAGAAGACAAGGUAGCAGGUGCUUUUUGGGGAGUGGUUGGGUAACUGAAUCAGGUUUCUCCUCCCCUAUUUCAGAUGGAUGUUCUCAUUGAAAUGCAUUCAUAUUCCAUAAAAAAAAAAAACCUGAAGUGUGUUUAUGUUGUAUUUGCAUAUUUGUUUAAUGAAUAUAUGGUGUUAAAGACUGGUGUAGUUGGAUGCAAGGCACCUUUGACAAAGUUCUUUUUAUUAACUGGACAUAAAAUGAGCAACUUUGAAAAGGAAGGCUCAUUGUGUGUGUGUGUGUGUGUGAGUGAGUGUGUAUGUGUGUAUAUAUAUAUAUAUAUAUAUAUAUAUACAUAUAUCCAAUGCAGUACAAAAUAAAACCAUUUCAGGUGGAAGCUUUAAAACAUUCCAUACCUAUGAGUUCAUUUUAGUCUGUCUUCUGCAAAUGUUUACUCGGAUGUGCUUUUUACAUAAAGGAAACAAUAAAGGAAAAGGAAAUGAACUAUG